AUAAGUUGAAGAAACAUGGCGGCGUCUAAUUUGUUAAAGAACAAAGGGUCCCUGCAGUUUGAGGACAAGUGGGAUCUGAUGCGGCCCAUCGUCCUCAAGCUGCUCAGACAGGAAGCCGUCACCAAGCAACAGUGGUUCGACUUGUUCUCAGACGUUCACGCAGUGUGUCUCUGGGAUGAUAAGGGACCGGCCAAAAUCCACCAAGCACUCAAAGAGGACAUCCUAGACUUCAUCAAACAAGCACAAGCUCGGGUACUGAGCCACCAGGACGACACGGCGCUGCUGAAGGCCUACAUCGUGGAGUGGAGGAAGUUCUUCACACAGUGCGACAUCCUGCCCAAACCUUUCUGUCAGCUGGAGAUCACGCUGAUGGGCAAACAGGGCAGCAACAAGAAGACUAACAUGGAGGACAGCAUCGUACGCAAGCUCAUGCUGGACACGUGGAACGAGUCGAUCUUCUCCAACAUUAAAAGCCGUCUGCAGGACAGCGCCAUGAAGCUGGUGCACGCUGAGAGGCUGGGAGAGGCCUUCGACUCCCAGCUCGUCAUCGGAGUACGAGAGUCGUACGUGAACCUGUGUUCCAACCCAGAAGACAAGCUGCAGAUCUAUCGGGACAACUUUGAGAAAGCUUACCUGGACUCCACAGAGAGGUUCUACAGGACGCAGGCGCCGUCAUACUUACAGCAGAACGGAGUCCAGAACUACAUGAAAUAUGCAGACGCCAAGCUGAGAGAAGAGGAGAAGAGAGCAAUACGAUACCUGGAGACGCGCCGUGAAUGUAACUCUGUACAAGCACUGAUGGAGUGUUGUGUGAACGCUCUGGUGACGCUGUUCAAAGAGACGAUCCUCGCUGAGUGUCCGGGGAUGAUCAAACGCAACGAGACAGACAAGCUGCACCUGAUGUUUUCACUAAUGGACAAAGUGCCCAACGGGAUGGAGCCCAUGCUGAAAGACCUGGAGGAACAUAUCCUCAGUGCCGGACUCGCAGACAUGGUGGCUGCUGCGGAGACCAUCACUUCUGACUCUGAGAAGUACGUGGAGCAGCUGCUGACUCUGUUUAACCGCUUCAGUAAACUGGUAAAGGAGGCCUUCCACGACGACCCUCGCUUCCUCACCGCCAGAGAUAAGGCGUAUAAGGCCGUCGUCAACGACGCCACAAUCUUCAAACUGGAGCUGCCUCUGAAACAGAAAGGUGUGGGCAUGAAGACUCAGCCGGAGUCAAAGUGUCCUGAGCUGCUGGCAAACUACUGUGACAUGCUGCUGAGGAAAACUCCUCUCAGUAAGAAACUAACCUCCGAGGAGAUCGAGCUCAAACUCAAAGAAGUGCUCUUGGUGUUGAAGUACGUCCAGAACAAAGACGUGUUCAUGCGGUACCACAAAGCUCACCUGACCAGGCGCCUGAUUCUGGACAUCUCAGCCGACAGUGAGAUUGAAGAGAACAUGGUGGAGUGGCUCAGAGAAGUAGGAAUGCCCGCUGACUAUGUGAACAAGCUGGCCAGAAUGUUUCAGGACAUCAAAGUCUCAGAGGACCUCAAUCAAGUUUUUAAAGAGAUGCACAAACAUAACAGGCUUGCGCUGCCAGCCGACAGUGUGAACAUUAAGAUCCUGAAUGCUGGCGCCUGGUCUCGGAGCAGCGAGAAGGUUUUUGUGUCGUUGCCCACAGAGCUGGAGGACCUGAUCCCAGAGGUGGAGGACUUCUACAAGAGGAAUCACAGCGGCCGCAAACUGCACUGGCAUCACCUCAUGUCCAACGGCAUCAUCACCUUUAAGAACGAGGUGGGUCAGUACGACCUGGAGGUGACGACCUUCCAGCUGGCCGUGUUGUUCGCCUGGAACCAGAGACCCAGAGAGAGAAUCAGCUUCGACAACCUCAAACUGGCCACAGAGCUGCCUGACGCGGAGCUGCGCCGCACACUCUGGUCCCUGGUUGCCUUCCCCAAGCUGAAGAGACAGGUGUUGUCUUACGACCCCUCCGUUAGCUCGCCCAAAGACUUCACCGACAGCACGCUGUUCUACGUCAACCAGGAGUUCUCCAUCAUCAAAAACUCCAAAGUGCAGAAGCGGGGGAAGAUCAAUCUGAUUGGUCGGCUGCAGCUGACGACAGAGCGAAUGAGAGAAGAAGAGAACGAAGGAAUCGUCCAGCUCAGAAUACUCAGAACUCAGGAGGCCAUCAUCCAGAUCAUGAAGAUGAGGAAGAGGAUCAGCAACGCCCAGCUGCAGACGGAGCUGGUUGAGAUCCUGAAGAACAUGUUCCUGCCUCAGAAGAAGAUGAUCAAGGAGCAGAUCGAGUGGCUCAUCGAACACAAGUACAUCAACAGGGACGAGACGGACAUCAACACCUUCAUCUACAUGGCCUAGGAUGGCGAGGGAAGGGUGGAGGAGGAGCGCUUUUUUAUUGCUGGCCUGCGACGGGGGGCGCUUUAAAAAAAAGAAGAAAAGAAACACCUGCAAAAAGAGGAGAGAAAGAAAGAAAGGAGUCAGACGAUGAAGAGAUUUUCUAAUAAAAGUGUGGAUAUUUUUUUGUGUUUGUGGGACGCAAGCGUGCUUUCGACUGCCCGUGAGUGUCGAUCAGAGCAGAGAGAGAGAAAGAGAGACAGGGAGAGAGAAAAAGAGAGACACAGCAGCAUGGCGGCGCCGUCUGCCAGCAGCUCCGAAGAAAAACAAGAAAAAAAGACACAGUGACAUAAUUAAAUGAAAUACUUCCUGCCUUACUUUCAUCAGCGACAGACUGCAGAAGAGGAAGAGGAGGAAGAGGAGGAGGACAAACGUAACAAGCUGAUAACAAUCGUUUUGCUUUCACUUGACUCCAUUUUGCAUCCCUCCCAGUCUACAAAGGAGGGAUGCAAAAGCAAAAAAAAAGAAAGAAAGAAAGAAAGAAAAAAGCCGCAAGUGAAAGCAGCCACUGAGGAGAAGAGACACAGAUGUUGAAACUACCGAGGAGUAUUUUUGCCAAAUUGUGUGUUUGUGUGUGUGUGUGUGUUUGUGUGUGUGUGUGUGUGUGCACUUUCAACAGCAUGCUGCUCUAUGAUUUUUUUUUUUUUUGUCUUUCCAGUGGAGGAUCUGUCACACGUUUUUCUUUUUUUCUUUUUUUUUUUUGUUGUGGUUGUGUCUUUAAAGUUUUGAGGAAUUUAAGACCAGCCGCCCGAAUGAAUUAAACGCUGAAAUUGAGCUUUUUUUUUUUUUCUUUUUUUAUGGCCUGUUGCAGGUGAAGUUUGUCAACAGGUUCAAGUAGAAGAAGAAGAAGAAGAAGAAGUUCUUGUCCUCAUACUGCAAACUAUUUAUUUUUGUUGGUGUGUAAAGAACCUGCACUCUGAACAAUGUGAGAUUAAAUAUCAGCUGAAUGCAUCAAAGAGACAAAAACAACAACAACACUAUUUUACACUUGAGUGAAAAAUCCAUCGCUGAUGAAUCCACGAACAGUCUCGGUCUUUUUGCACAAAGUCCAGUUAAAGAAUUUUUGAUUUUAAAUUAAAGCAAAAAACAGAAAGAACCACACUGAGUUCAUUUAGACAUCAUGGUGUGUGUGUGUGUGUGUGUUUGUCUGUGUUUGGAGUCUGUCAUAGGCUACUUUUGAGGACACACUUCAGACUUAGGACCAGUUAAUUGGAGACAAAAGCUGAUUUUUGGGUCAGUUUUUAAGGUUAGUGGUGGGUUAAGUCUCCAGGAAAUUAAUGUAAGGCUCCCCAAACUUGACACAGGUAAGAGAGAGAGUGUGUGUGUGUGUGUGUGUACUGUCAUAGGCUACUUUUGGGGACAAACUUCAGACUUAUGUCCAGUUAAUUGGAGACAAUUAGGGACAAAAUGAUUGGAAAAAAAUGAUUUUUGGGUCAGUUUUUAAGGUUACUGUUGUAUGUAAUGUCCCCAAAAGUGACUUAAGACAACGUGUGUGUACAUACUGUCAUAGGCUACUUUUGGGGACAAAUGUCAGACUUAGGAGUAGUUAAUUAGGGACAAGAGCUGUGUCCAUAAAUGGGGAAAAAAGCUGAUUUUUGGGUCAGUUUUUAAGGUUACUGUUAGGUAAAGUCUCCAGGAAAUGAAUAUAAGUCUAUGUAAUGUCCCUAAAAGUGACCAAGGACAACCUGUGUAUGCGUUUAGUCUGUCAUAGGCUACUUUUGGGGACACAUUUGAGACUUAGGAUCGGUUGAACUCGGGACAAGAGCAGGAAAAGGUGAGUUUUGGGUCAGUUUUUAAGGUUACUGUGUUAGGAUAAGUCUCCAGGAAAUGAAUGUAAGUCUCAAUAAUGUCCCUAAAAGUGACCUAGGACAACUUGUGUGUAUAUAUGUGUAUGUGUGUAUAGUCUGUCAUAGGCUACUUUUGGGGACAAAAGCUGAUGUUUGGGUCAGUCUCCAAGGG